GAGCGACCAAUGGCUGCCGCGGUCUCAUUAAUUAUGCGGUGGGUCCAGGAUGCUCCAGCAGAAAGACGAUGCAGAGGUUCUGAGGUUCCGAAAAGUCCAACUGGAUGUCCAGAUGAGACCAUGCCGCCGCCAGAAGACCGCUGCGCUGGGCUACAGGUUGGUGGGUAAGUCCAGAACCACCCGAACCGGGCAGAACCAGGCCGUUAGAAUCAGCCUCCAGGUUCUGUUUGUGGAUUCCUACGAUCCCACCUUCUCUGGACCAGAACCAGAACCGCCAGCGGAUCUCUGAAGGUUUUCUGUCUUUCACCAUGACGGUCAGGUGACAGGUGAGGGCUUCUCUGGGUGAUUUCUCCUCUGACCUCUGACCUCCUGCUGAGCGGACGCUGCUGUGUCCCUCAGAGCUGCACCGUCAACGUCAAGGUAGGACCUGCUGUUGAUGCCAGAUCCCGGUUCUGAUGCAGUGGGCCGCUACUGGUUCUGGGUUUGGUACCAGAUGUCCCCCUGGCCACCAGAACAUCCGGUACCGGUUCCACCCUAACGGUUCUGUUGUGCCUGUGCGGCUUCCAGGUGGUCCAGGUGGUCCACGAGACGUGGGGAACGUCCAGUACGCAAACCCAAACGGUUCUGAUCCACCGGGCCGGAGGAACCGGGUCCGACUGGACUCUCUGGUGUGUUUCUGCAGGAAACCCAUCAUCCUGAUGGGCAACAAGAAGAACCUGCACAUGGAGAGGGUUCUGGGCUGUGGUUCUGUUUGGGCCCAGUUUAAGGAGCCGGUCUGGAACAGAACCUGGAGGAAGUCCACCAGCAGGAGGAACAUGAGUCCAUCUAACAGAACCUGUUCUGGUUCUGCAAGCUCCAAGGAGGGCAAAGCUCUGACCGGGUCGUGGAGCGCCGCCUUCCUGGAGUCUCCAGCCAAAGAUCACCAGAUGGCGGUGGAGGUGAUCCGGAGGAUGGUUCUGGAGGUGGAGCAGGUGGAGGGCGGUCUCCCAGGAGGUUCUGUUGACCCGUCGGGCCCACUGGACUCUGCUCCUUCCAGAACCACAGCAGAUCCGGUUCCUCCGCUCAGAUCGGAGCAGAUUUAUCCGACAGUCGGCUUCCUGAGCUCUGAGGGUUGAGCUGCUGGACUCGGAGCUUAAAUUCAGUGAUUUUUACAUGAAGUCUGGUUUGCAGCUGGUUGCAUGGCAACAAUCAGCUGGAGGAAAAGUCAGAAUUUUAAAUAUUCUCUGCUGAUUUUGUGUUUUUAAUUUGAUUUCAUAUCUAUGUAACUCACCACCUGCUGGUUUCUGAGCGCCACCCGCUGGCAGGAAGGAGGAACUGCAGGACAGACGUUAAACAGACGUGUGGGCGGAGCCUCAGCUCACCUGGAAACCAGAACCCAGGUGGUUCUGGUUCCAAUUUUAUCUCCAUGGUUGAGUCAUGUCUUCAGGUUCUCCUGAACGGGACUGAACCGGACCUCUGACCCGGAUCAGCUUUGUUCGGUUCUGUUUGGAUAAACCCAGAAUCAGCUGAGAUGUUGCAGAACUCUAAAGGGAGAACCAGAACCAGAACCGGUUACAGAACCAGAGAUCAUCACCAACUGGACCGUCCGGACCCGGGUCAGACAGAGCAGGUCGUACGUCGUCACGGCGACGGUUUUCCAGCUGACGUUCUGCUGAAGCUGCUCGUCUUCAGAGGAAGGAGUCAGAGACGUUAGAAAGACGUUACUACAAAAUAAAAGCAUAGAAGAACAUUAAAGGCACAUAAAACCUUUGAUGAAGGAAAUGAAUCAUGUUGGAUGGAGGAAAAUCAGCUGCUUUGAAUAUUACGGUUCUUUAACUUCACAUGAUCAGAAUCCAACCUAAUGAAACACAUCGUCCUGUCAGCAGGUGACCAGCCUGAUGGUGACUCAGUGAUUAUCGAUUAUCGGUCGAUUAUCGGUCGAUUAUCAGUCCUGAACCCGGAGGAGGAGGAGCUGAUUGGAGUCCAGCUCUGAUGGUCAGUCGGUCUGUGACUCGGAUUUAUCUAGCAGAACCGAGCCACUCAGAACCGAGAGGCUCGGAACCGAGACGCUCAGAACCGAGCCACUCAGAACCGAGAGGCUCGGAACCGAGACGCUCAGAACCGAGUCGCUCAGAACCGAGACGCUCAGAACCGAGCAGCUCAGAACCGAGCAGCUCAGAACCGAGCCG